UAUGUGUGCGAGAACGAGUACGUCUUUCUACUGGUUCGCGUACUGGGAAAGAGACGGUGGCAGUAUGUGAACGAGAGUGCCAAGAGUCGUAGAGAAGAUUUUUACUCAAAAUUGGGUCGACUCGAUGAAUGAUUGUCGUGUCUUCUCCGAAAAAAAUAAAAGGAAAAAAUGGGUGAUAACGGUCGUAAAGAGAAGACAAAAGUUUGACAGUGAACAAUGAACAUUUGCAAAGAGUCUCGUGACGACGUUUGUGAUGAUCAUAAUUCGUUUGAAUACUUGUGACGUGUACAAACACUGAUCUUCGAGAAGAAAGACUCUGUGUUAAAAAUUCCAUUAAAGAUCGAUAUAAAAAAACAGAGAGAGAGAGAGAGAAAUAUAAAAGAAAAACUAAAGCAAAGAUUCAUAUGGAAUAAUAAAGAAACACAUGCGUGAUUCUUUUCGAUAGAAUUCUUUUGAUUGGACACCAUAGAAGAGAAGAAAGUGGAAAGAGUCGAGUCGAGUCAAUUGUCGAGCGUUGUUCACUCUUGACGCCUCGAUGAAGAUUCACGAUCUUCUGGUGAGUUAACAUUCUAAAAAUACGGUGUAAGCUUCGUGAUCCUACAGUGGAAAUCUCCGAGCAUCAAGGAAAUUUCGCAGAGACGAUGUUAGUAGUUGGUUGAUAAUAAUACGCACUUAAUAUCUCAAUAACAAUUACAAUUCGAAGAAAAUUACAAUUCGACCGAAAUGGAAUGAAUAGUGUAGUUCUUCGGUGAUAAGUAAUUGAAACGAUUUCUCCGAGAGAGAGAGAGAGAGAGAUAAAAAGAAAAAUAGAGUGAGUGAGAGAGAGAGAGAGAGAGUAGAUUCAAAAAUCGCUCUUGAGGCGAUGCUCGUUCGUCUCAUAAAAAUUCAACUAAGCCGGUCAACCCGGCGUUAUCGAAAACGGUGAGAUUUGUCAAGGUUGUGAUCGGUAACGAAACCCUGAUGGCUACCUGCCAUCCUAGACCACUGAUACAACACCUGCAACUACAGGAACAGGCUCAGGUUGGCCUGGGUACUAUCAACGGAGUCGGUAGUCAAGGACAAAAAGUGCUCCAGCAAACCCAUUAUCAGCCUCACCUGUUGAAUUGGGUAUAUUUGGCGAUCACCGAUCAAAACUCAGCGCAACUUUCUGAUCAGAAAAAACUUCUGCCUGCGAUCUGGAGCAAUUACACAACGGCAAACUCUCAAACCUAUCUACAUCAAAACACUUUGAAUGCUUCCGGAGCAAUAGGUGCCAGUCUAGCCGAUAGUAUCGGUGAUCUUGCUGAACAUUUUACCGAAUUGGAUCUAUUGGAUAGGAAACCAAUGAAGAGACCACCGUCUACGUACUUGUGUCAUUUGUGCUUCAAAAAGGGUCACUAUAUCAAGGAUUGUCCGCAGGCUCGUCCAAAAGGCGAAGGUCUUACGCCUUAUCAAGGUAAAAAAAGAUGUUUCGGAGAAUACAAAUGUCCGAAAUGCAAACGUAAAUGGAUGUCGGGCAAUAGUUGGGCUAAUAUGGGUCAAGAAUGCAUGAAGUGUCAUAUUAACGUGUAUCCUCAUAAACAGAGACCAUUAGAACAACCCGACGGCUUAGAUGUGUCCGAUCAAAGUAAAGAACAUCCUCAACACCUCUGUGAGAAAUGUAAAAUUCUGGGCUAUUAUUGCAGGCGUAGUCAAUAACAACGAAAAAUAUAUAUGCGCCUUUUCUAAGACCAUUCUAAGGCUAUUUAAAAUUCUAUGUUACCGUGCCGUUGCUAAUAAAUUUUUUUCUACGUUCUAUGCACAUACUUUCGGAUGUGUAAGAACGCAUGGAUGUAUUUUAUUCCUUUCGAUAAUCUCGAUGUUAAUUACUGUUAAUACAACAACGGAGUAUUUUUUUGAUCAGCUGAGGAAUCAGAACUUUCAUACUCAGGGACAAAUUUCAUAAGAUCUGUGAGAAUGCAGAUACAACGCUCUGUUAUACAACAGUUAACGUAAUUACACUUAAAAAUUAAUAAUAACAAAAAACGAAAGUGAUGCGAGUCGAAGAGUUUAUAAUUAAGUUUUUAACUUUUUAUUUUCUCAAAUAUAUAAAGAGUGUAACAAAAACGCGUAACAAACUUUUACGAAAUGAAUUUUUUAUACGUAGAGAAAAAAAUAGAUUAUAUCAAAAUAGGCCCCAAAAUUAUGAUUAAUUUCUGAAUUAUAAGACUUUCAAGUAUGAUCUUAUUGUUAGUGUGCUCCAAUUAUUUUUAUUUUGAUUUGCUGGAAUUAAAACCGAAACAUUAGUUACAUCAUAUUAAAAUAUGUAAUCAUAUUUAGUGAAUUUCUUUUUGUACUGAAUGUCUUUAAUAUCUGCAAGUGGAUUAUCGUAUUAAAAACCGUAAGUACUUAAACGUGUUCGAAACUCAAUGAAACGAUAAACUGAGAUUUGUAUUCGAGCAGUCGGUGAUCAUUUUGAACAUUUCACGUAAGGAAUUAUCAUCAAAGUCAUAAUAUAAUCAUAAUAUAAUCCCAGCAAACAAACAUAAUUGGUAUAAACUAAAAUCAUACUUAUAAUUUAGAAAUUAAGCAUUUCUGAACUCAUUUUCAUAUAACAUCAUUUUCUUUAUAAAUGAAGAAUCCAUUCAUGAAGUUUCGUCACGUAUUUUUGCUUUUUUUACAUUAUAAAUAUUUGAUUAUGAUUCUACGUCAUAAUGAGACUUUUAUAUAGUUGAUAAAUAAAUUCUUUAACUUACACCACUUUCCUAUUAAUACGUUCGAUUUAAUAAAUACAUAAUAACUCUUAUGUAUAUCAGAAAAAGAAGAAAGAGAGAGAUAGAUAGAGAGAGAGA